CUAAUUUACUCAUUUUUAAUUUUAAUUUUUAAUUCUUUCUUUCCACAACCUUCUCCCAUUGCGAACUUUCUAGAAAAAGCCUCCACCGCCCCGGUACUCGCACCUCUAGUGUGUGUGGUUCUGCGUGUUCUCCAGAUUUCAUCAGCUGCUGUUGAUUAUCCUAGCCUACCAUCGCUAUUCCGAAAUACUGAAACAAAUUCUUGCUUUUAAUCAGUGAUUGAAGCUGCGCUCGAUAGAUCUCCCAUUGGAGUCAAGGGUUUGAAUAUACAUAUAUCGAUCGUGGGUUAAUGUGAUAUGAGCGGCGACGGCCCGGGCGGCGCCAGCGGGGGGAGCGGCGGAGGAGAGUCGCAGAGGUCGGUUCCGACACCGUUUCUGACGAAAACAUACCAGCUGGUUGAUGAUCCGAGUAUCGACGAUUUGAUCUCGUGGAAUGAAGACGGAACAACGUUCAUCGUAUGGCGGCCAGCUGAAUUUGCGAGAGAUUUGUUGCCGAAAUAUUUCAAACACAAUAAUUUCUCCAGUUUUGUUCGUCAGCUCAAUACUUACGGAUUUCGCAAAGUAGUUCCUGAUCGGUGGGAGUUCGCGAACGAUUGCUUCAAAAGAGGCGAAAAGGUGCUGCUCAGAGACAUCCAACGCCGUAAAAUAUCGACCGGAAUCAACGCCGCCGCCGCGCCGGCGGCAGUGGCGAUUCAGAUGUCCCCUGCAAACUCCGGCGACGAGCAAGUCCUCUCGUCCAACUCGUCCCCCGCAGCGGCCACUCCGCCGCCUCUGCGGGCAUGCACAUCCACACCGGAAAUAUUGGAGGAAAACGAUAGAUUGAGGAGAGAGAAUUCGCAGCUGAGCCAGGAACUGAACCGAUUGAGGAGCCUCUGCAGCAACAUUUACAAUCUAAUGUCGAGCUACGCAACUAAUCCAGGCGAGGCGCUGGUGCUGAUGCCGGAGGCGCGGGCGGCGGCGGCGGGAUGCGCCGGCGGAGGAGGGAAGGCGGGGGACGAGGAGGAGGAGAUGUGCCCGAGACUAUUCGGGGUGUCGAUCGGGCUGAAGCGGCUCAAGAGAAGCGAAAACGGGAACGGCGGUGGUGGCGAACGGAUGGCGAAGGACGUGAAAUCAGAGCCGUCCGAUCGUGGGAGCAGCGAGGAUCGCGAUCCCAGAGUUCAUAGCAUGUGAAUUGAGGGAGAGACACACAAUACGUGUUAGCUCGAAAACACUGGAAGAUGUAUCUCAAAAGAUAAAGGAAAAUAUAAAUUGUAACGUUGGCUUCUGGUUCUGGUGGUUUCCGUGAUGAAAUGAUCUCCGUUGUGGGCCACGGGUUUGAUGUUGACCAUUUGGGUCCGGGCCGACUCGUGUCUCGUUCCAAGAAUUUGAUGAUGUAAUGUAAUGUAAUACAGCUUAUUAUCUCCCGCCUCCCUUUCUCCACCCAAUCUCUAGCUUCACAUCAUCCAAAUACAUUAUAAAAAAAAUAUUUAUUUUUAAAUGAAACUAACUAUACUUUUUUUAUCUUAA